AUGAUCAUGCAACAAAGAUUGUCAUGGUCAAAUUCCGCGUCCAAGUUCCAAGAAAGCAUACUUACUCCCAGGCCAGCCGAGCAGGCCGCAGCAACCUCCUCACAAAAAAUUGGCCCUCAGCAACUGUUGACGGGGGGGCGUUCUGCAUGA